AUGAUUGAUGAAGGUGACCUGAAACUAAAAGAUAUAAAUAUACAAAAUCAUCUGGCCCACGCCUGCAUCCUCCUCGAAGCUCGACUGCAAGUCUUGUGUUUUCUGGAUAGUCCUCCCUCUUUUGGCGCUCUGAAGCUGGCUGUGAUAGAUCUCUGCUGUCAUUCUGCUGUGACACAAAUGGAGCUGGAAGCCUCUUUAGAUAUCAGAUGUUUCUGCUUCCAUCCUAAUGGAGAGGCGUCGCUGUUUGAGGUGAACAUCCGUUACGUUGGCGGUCUUCUCUCUGCGUACUACUUGACAGGAGCUGAGAUAUUUAAGCAGAAGGUGGUUGAACUUGGCGAGAAGUUGUUACCCGCCUUCAACACGCCCACCGGCAUUCCCCGAGGAGUCAUUAACCUGGGCAGUGGCACCAGCUGGAGUUGGGGCUGGGCAUCGGCCGGCAGCAGUAUCCUGGCCGAGUUCGGCACGCUGCACCUGGAGUUCGUCCACCUGUCCCAACUGUCCGGAAACCCCCUGUUCACUGAGAAGGUGAUGAACAUCCGAAAGCUGCUGAAUAAGAUCGAGAAGCCUCACGGUCUGUAUCCCAACUUCCUGAGUCCCGUCAGCGGGAACUGGGUACAGCAUCACGUGUCUAUCGGAGGUCUUGGGGACAGUUUCUACGAGUAUCUGAUCAAAUCCUAUCUGAUGUCAGACAAGACGGAUCAGGAGGCUCAGAAGAUGUACUACAGCGCCAUGGAGGCCAUCGAGACGAACCUGGUGCAGAAGUCUCCGGCCGGAUUGACGUAUGUAGCCGAGUGGCGGGGGGGCAUCCUGGAUCAUAAGAUGGGGCAUCUGGCCUGUUUCUCCGGCGGGAUGAUCGGCAUCGGAGCAGACGACGGUCCGGCGGGACAGAAGCAGCACUACCUGGAUCUGGCGGCUGAAAUCACUCACACCUGUCACGAGUCCUACAGCCGCUCAGCCACCAAACUCGGUCCAGAGGCGUUCCGCUUUGAUGCAGGAGCCGAAGCCACAGCCACCCGACUGAGUGACCGCUACUACAUCCUCAGGCCAGAGGUCAUCGAGAGCUACAUGUACAUGUGGCGUUUGACCCAUCACCCCAAGUACAGAGAGUGGGGCUGGGAGGCCGUGGAGGCGUUAGAGAAGCACUGUCGUGUGGACGCAGGUUUCUCAGGAAUCAGAGACGUGUACGCCUCCACAGUCAGUCACGACAACAUGCAGCAGAGCUUCUUCCUGUCCGAGACUCUCAAAUACCUGUACCUGCUGUUCUCGGACGAUGAUCUCCUGCCGCUGGACGACUGGGUGUUUAACACAGAGGCUCAUCCGCUGCCCGUCAUACGCAAGAGAUGCCUUCAGGAGCACAGCAACACACAAGACGAUGAACAGACCAACCUGGAGUAGUAUUUACCAUCACACACACACACACACACACGGAUUCAACCUCACGGGUCCUGACAUGGAUUCUCAGCUCCUUUCCUGUAAAGGAUGUCUUCAUAUAUAUAUAUAUGCUGUGAUUGUAUAUCUCUGAGCCGAGACUUCCCGCUCUCCUCGACGGGUGGAAGCAGGCACAACUUUCCGUGGACAAUCAGUGAAACGUGACUUUCAUGAGAAGAGCACCUUUUUUCUUUGCUUCUUUCCUCUGUGAGGAAAACCUGAAUAACUUGCAGCCCUGAAUCUGUGGGAGGAGUGUCGUACGAUGGCGGGCCGUGCCGAGCGAAAGAGAAAACCACUUUUCUUCACGUCUCACCUGUAAUUUAUCUUUUCUUUCAUCCUUUCAGUGUGUAUUCCUUUCCCCGUCUCUUCUGCCAAAGCGUUUGCGGUCUUCAUUUCGUGUUCUCUCCCCGCCCGUGAUAUUUUGUUCCAUCUCCUUUCGAGUCCAAUUUUGUGCUAUGAUUUUUUUCUUUAUUAUUUCAAAACAGAGCGAGGACUGAGGUUUUUACAAACCUGACCGAAGGAUGCUUUGUGAAAUGUGUUGUACAGAAUCCUCUCGUUUGAACAGGAAGUGGAAUGAUGUCAUCGGCAGGCCAGGAUUGUUUUACGUGAUUUUAAACUUAAAGUCGUGUAUUUUUUUUAAUGCUUCAACUGCAUUGUGUUGUGCACGAUAUGCCAAGACCAGUAUCACGAGAGUGGAAAAACACACACUUGCACUGGCACUGGAUGGCCACUAGGGCUGGGCGAUUACAUAUUCAACCUUUGUUCGAUUUUUGCAUUGAUUUCGGUGGAGAUUGUGAAUCAUAAAAUUAUAUAAAUGCA